AUGGCAAACGGUACAUUCUUCGUUUCGUGGGAGCUAUGGCAGCAGAUGACCUUUGUCCUGGCCAUGGGCAUCGUCGCCGUGUUCUUCAUCGGCCUGGCGAAGCUGUGGUGGACAAACCGCCAAAUGAAAAAGAUCGAAGAGCUCGACGCCGAGAAGCAGGUGCGUAUGGCGCAGAUGCGCAGGUCCGGGCUCUCAGCCAACCGCAGGUCCCGGCUGGAGGGCGAGAUCCCGUUCGGUGUCAAGGCUAUCGAGACCGGUGUCGAGGUGGAGGGUGUGUGGAUUGCAAGAAUGGCGUCCAUGGCGACGAGGCCGCCGGAUAGGAAGUGGAGCUCGAAGAGGAAGGUCAAGACCCCGAUGCCAGACCUGGAUGAUGCAAAUCCUGGCAGGUGGUCUGGGAGGGGGUCUAUUCGGGCGGGAAGGAUUUCUAGGAGGGAGAUCAUCAAGCCUUCGGCACAGACAGGGAAGAAGCUUGAGAACCUGCAAGUACGGGAGGGUGAAAUCCGGUUGAGUGGUUCCGCACGAAAUAAUCGGCUUCCUGUUAAUCUUGUUGACGAUGAGCAGGCCAGAAGUCUCACGCCGGAAGACAAGACUGGCGUUUCUACACAAAGAGGACCUCUUGGCCGGAUACAGAGGAGCCUCAAGAAAAUGACUUCGAUGGAGGCGCGGAACGAGCAGCAGAGGAGGCAUCAGCUUGGCGGACAAGAAGUCAGAGAGUUCCGCAUCAAUUCCCAGGCGAGAAAGCCUCAAAGAUUCUACCCGGAGGAUGCCACACCGAUAGCUCCCGUGGCACCUCUGCCGAGUCAUCGUUCGAUCCCACAGCGAAGGUCGAGCCUUGUGAGCGAAACGGGUCGGAGCCUAGCGGACGCAGAAAACACUAAACCAAGGGAUGUCGUUGUGAUCCAGCCAACACGCCAAUCAUCCACCGUCCCUCGAAGCCACGAACCACGCCGCCAAACAUCGCAUGCUUCGAGCGUCUCGUCCGUGGACUCCUUCGUGACUAGUAUUGAGGAGCUCAAAGAGUUCGCACCCAGGUCGCGGCCGCCCCCACUCGAGCACCAUCCGGUCUUCUCCAGUGCGGACCGCGAAGCACCCGAAGAAGACGACACAUUUGGCCGCAGGCGCUCUCGUCGUUCCCCGCAAAACCAUGUGCGGCAGUCAUCAUCUGAGGACAGAAGCACCAUCCAUGAGCAGCAGGAUGCUGCACAGUCAGCGCCCUCAACUGCGCUACGAUACCCUCCGAAUAGCAGCCGGAGCGCCGCGUAUAUCCAGCCUCGGCCGCAGUCCUCCAGCCAGGACCAACAGCAACAGCAACAGCAGAACCAUGGUGCUCCAUCCACUACGCAGCCUAGUCCUACAUUCGGGCCCAGUGAUUCAUAUAUCAACACAAGCACGCGAAAAGUAAACUCAAAUUUCGAGGUCCUCCCGGCCGGCACCUUUGGCCUUCCCGAGCAGCAAGCCACAGAAGGACCUGCCAGUGCAGCCGCCAGCGUCCGGUCGUCCUUCGAAUCUCAGCGAAGCAGAGAGAGGAGGAAGUUGCAGAAGAAAAGGACCAGUAGUCAUUACAGCAAAUAA